GUAUAUUUCCGCUUAGACGGCUAAAAUACAUUAUCUCCAGAUAUGGAACACAGCAGAACCAGACAAAAGACGUGCAUGACUGACCAAAUUAACUUCAAUUAGUCCUCGUCCAUCCACGCUGUUAACUACAUGGUGAUAACAACGUUUGUUCCUGUUCAUAUUCAAACGUGGCUUUGCUUUUGAGGAAGUAAUAGGUGCGGAGGGAGGAAGAGAAACAGAGGAGGGAUUGAGAUGGCCGCUGCUGUUGCAACUGAUGUAGUGACUAGAAAUGGCCAUAGCUGCUGCAGUGAAAAGGGUCCAGGUUAUGCUAGCCCGCUUGAGGCCAUGUCUGGUCCCAGAGAAUGUCUUAUUUAUGUUACCUGUGUCUAUACAGGAACAGGAAAGGAGAAGCCUGACUACUUGGCCACAGUCGAUGUAGAUCCAAGUUCACCAACUUACUCAAAAGUUAUCCACAGGCUGCCUAUGCCCUAUGUGGGUGAUGAACUACAUCAUUCAGGAUGGAAUGCCUGCAGCUCCUGCCAUGGAGAUCCGUCAGCUACUCGGAGAUUUCUUGUCUUGCCUUCGUUAAUAUCUGGACGCAUAUACGCUGUUGAUACAAAGGAGGACCCAAAGGCUCCAGCUCUGCACAAGGUUGUUGAGCGUGAAGAUAUCAUACAGAAGACUGGUUUAGCAUUUCCGCACACUGCCCAUUGUCUUGCUUCUGGUGAUAUCAUGGUGUCAUGUCUUGGAGAUAAAGAUGGAAAUGCCAAAGGAAACGGCUUCCUUUUGCUUGACUCAGAAUUCAAUGUGAAAGGAAGGUGGGACAAACCUGGACAUAGCCCGCUUUAUGGUUAUGAUUUCUGGUACCAGCCAAGGCACAAAACCAUGAUCAGCACUUCGUGGGGAGCCCCAGCCGCUUUUACCAAAGGUUUCAACCUCCAGCAUGUUGCAGAUGGCCUUUAUGGACGGCAUUUGCAUGUCUAUAGCUGGCCUGAUUGUGAAUUAAAACAGACAUUGGAUCUUGGCAACACAGGACUCAUACCAUUGGAGAUUAGGUUCCUGCAUGAUCCAUCCAAAGAUACUGGCUUUGUUGGUUGUGCCUUGACCAGCAACAUGGUACGAUUUUUUAAAAACCCAGAUGACACAUGGAGCCAUGAGGUAUCAAUAUCAGUAAAAUCAGUGAAGGUGCAGAAUUGGAUCCUUCCUGAAAUGCCUGGUCUAAUAACAGAUUUUCUUAUAUCUCUUGAUGAUCGUUUCCUUUACUUGGCCAACUGGCUUCAUGGUGAUAUACGCCAGUAUAACAUUGAGGACCCUAAAAGCCCUAAGCUUACUGGGCAAAUAUGGGUUGGAGGUUUGUUUCGAAAAGGUAGAUCUGUAGUUGCUGAAGCUGAAGAUGGGACAACAUAUCAAGUUGAUGUCCCAGAAAUCCAGGGGAACCAACUGAGAGGAGGGCCUCAGAUGAUUCAGUUGAGUUUAGAUGGAAAGCGGCUUUAUGCAACCAACUCACUCUUCAGUGCUUGGGAUCGCCAGUUUUACCCUGAUCUUGUGGAGAAGGGAGGGCAUAUCAUACAGAUUGAUGUUGACACAGAGAAAGGUGGUCUGACCAUCAAUCCCAACUUUUUUGUUGACUUUGGGGCUGAACCAGAUGGUCCUUCCUUAGCACAUGAGAUGAGAUAUCCUGGGGGUGACUGCACUUCCGAUAUAUGGAUAUGAGCAUCAUAAAACAUUUCUUGUAAACUAAAAAGAAUAUUGCAGGCAUGGGAUGCAACAUUAUAUGAAUUUGAUUAUGUGCCUUAAUUCAACAGAGAUUAUUGUAAUGCAAACUAUACUUUCACAAAGUUAGGUUCUGCUGUUUCAUGCUUGAUCGUACAAA